CCUGAACUCAUUACUGAAAAAAAACAAACGGAGUCACAGAGUCUGAAACAACACAUCAGGCAGCUUUACCUGCUUUUAUCUCUGUGUGGUUGGUGUGAAAGAUGUCCAGCUCUGUUGUUAAAGACAAGAACGUGACUGUGGGCACCAAGAAGGCCGACAACAAAUCCAUGUUGCCUCCGCCCAACCCAGCGUUGUGCUCGCUCAGCAAAGCCAUGAUGGGGAGCAGUGUGGUCGGAGUUCUCGGGACGGUGCAGAUCAUGGUGGGCCUGUUCAACAUUGGACUCGGUCCGGGACGAACAAGCAUGCAUCCUUAUGAUUUGACUACCUUGGGAGCAGCAUAUUGGCUGGGAGCUGUGUUCUUAUUAGCUGGAAUCGUGUCUAUUCUUGCUGACUCCUGCUACUGUGUCUGCUUAGUGGGAUUUUCUGUUUUUAUGAACAUAGUUGGAUCCAUCGCUGCCAUUCUUAGCAUUGUGCUGUACGCUAUAGAUUUAUCAUUCUCCAUUAUGUGGCUAUGUGACAACGAGAGGUCUAAUGCUCAUAACCCUGAUAGCUGCAGAUAUGUGGCAUAUAUUGCUCAGAAUUUGCUGACAAGCAUGGAUAUUUCUCUGAUCGUCCUGGCCGUUCUGCAGCUGUGCGUCUGCAUCAGUGUUGCAGUUCUGGGCAUCAGGGCUCUGUGCUACAUGUGGAAUGAAAAAAGUGUCAGAGAUGCUGAAACUCACCAGCCAUUGUUGAAGGAAGUUCUCAUGAGCAGUCCUGGAGCUUAAAAUCAACCUGAACAUACAGCAUGCAGCACCUGCAUGUCUUUAAUCUGCAUCCUCAUGCAGAGGGCAUCAAGUCUUUCUCAGUUUUAGUGGACAGUCAAAAUCAAAUAUCACUUCUAGAUAAUAAUUGUUGAUUAUAUCUGCUUUUAUAAAGUUAAAUAAGCUCAACAUGCAACAUGACAGUAUAGUCAUAAGACAUAAAGUACUUCUAUGCUUAACGCCGGUGUGGGAUAUGAUAAGAGGACCUGGAACAUUUGAUUUUCUUUUUAAGGUAUGAAUAAAAUUUUUGAUUGAAA